AUGGGUGAUUAGGAUUAAAAGUAGGAUAAAUAGAAGAUAAAAACAACAAGAUUGAUAAUCUUAAUCUUAUCAGCCCUUUUGCUGUUCGGAAACAAUUAUUCUUUUGACAAUCCACAAGCAUUGCAAUCUUAAAUAAUGGAAGAAGUGCAUAUUUCAUUAACAGAGUUCAACUAUCUUUACUCUUUUUUCAGCUUCCCAAAUAUCCUACUCACCUUAAUUGGAGGAUAUCUGAUAGAUAGAAUUGUAGGUAGUCGAAAGAGCAUAAUAAUAUUUGCAUCCCUAGUUACCGUUUCUUAAACCAUAAUAGCAUUUGGAGGAAAGUAUCACAGCUUUCACUUGAUGUUAUUCGGAAGAGUAUUUUUAGGUGUAUCAAGUGAAAAUUUGAUUAUCUCAUAAAAUGUAAUCAUCACAGCUUGGUUUAAAGGUCACCAAUUAUCUACAGCAAGUGGUUGUAUAGUAACAUUGCCAGAAAUAGCAGCAGCAUUGAACUCUUACUUUUCGCCUAUGAUCUAUGAUUAUACUGGAAGCAUUACAUAUCCGUUGUUCACGAGUGUAUUUGUUUGCAUUUUUUCACUCCUGUGUGCAAUUUUAUUGUUGUUUUUUGAUAAAUCAAGAGACUCUAUUUUACAAUAAGAACAAUAAGAGAAAUCGAGUAUUUCUGGUAAUGAUGAAUCACAUGACACUUUAAAUGAUAGUUAAUAAAUCACAUAAAACACUUUACAUACAGAAAGGGCAAGAUUACAAGAAAUCAGAGAAUUCCCUGCAUUGUAUUGGUAUCUAACUGCAAUUUGUUCAUUAUGUCUGGGAAUUUACAUUUCCUUUAUGGAUGAUGUCAGUGAUUACUAUUAGAAGAAAUUCUAAUUUAAACCUGUUGAAGCUGGUAAAUUCAUUACAAUCCCUUACAUUUUUAGUGCUUUAUUAUGUCCAUUUAUUGGAUAUUACAUUGAUAAAGUAGGUCAUCGCAGAUUUUUCUUAAUGAUUACUUCAUUUCUAUUUAUCAUAGCAUAAAUAUUAUUCGGCUCUGUUCAUGUUGCCAGCAAUGAGAAGUGGAUAGCUGCUAUACCAUUAAUUAUCUAGGGUUUGGCAUUUACAUGUUAUUCAUGUGUUAUGAUACCUUGUGUGUAAUACAUUGUAGACUAAAAAUAUAUGGGAACUGCUUUUGGAAUUCUUGGCAUGUUUGAGUCAAUUGCUUUAUGUUUUUUCCCUAUAAUCGCUGGCAAAAUUGUUGAAUUUGCAGAUGACCCCCAAAUUGGAUAUAAAAACAUGUCGCUUUUCUAUUCCAUUCUAGGUCUAAUUUCAUUGUUUCUAUGCAUCACCCUAUACCAUUAUGAAUCCUCAAACAAGUUGGAUUUUAUAGAUCCCAAUAACCCGCUACCCGAAGAAAUACGCAAACUGAAUGAAUAUAGCAUGAUAACUGAGGAAAAGUGUUCAAUCUCAGAGGAAAAAUGAUUGUGAGCUGCCAUCAUAUUUUAUUGAUAUUUGAAUUGUAUAUAUAAAUUAUAUUAAUUAUUAAUUCCUUCUUAA